UGCCAGAAACAAGGAGUCACAGACACAAAUUACAAAGUCAAGGAACAAAGACAGCAUCUUCUACAUAGUCUUAUACGAACUAACAAACCUGUCUAUCUGUCACUCUGUCUUUUUUUUUCUUCUGGGAUUUUCCAUCCAAAGUUUGUUACUUUUUUUGAUAAGGUGAAGAGGGUCGUUGUAAUCUAUGACUGAGGAUUGGAAUUGCUUCACUUUGGAUUUGAUCAUCCUCAAUGUAGCUCUAGCUUGCAUAGAUGGAUUUCUUGCCUUCAUUGCAUUUGCUCAGGUUCUCAGGAUUCAUAUGCGAAGUAAACAAAUUGGUUGGACACGCCAAAAAGUUCUUCAUAUCAUGGUUGCCACUUCCAACUUGGGGUACUGUAUCUAUUUUACAAGUACUGUUUUUGCAACUUGCAAUGGAUGGUAUUGCUGGUACGGUGUUUGCGGCUUUAUUCUUAUGGCCUCUCCCAAAGUCGUGUUUUUAGCAGCGUUUCUACUUCUGCUAUCGUUCUGGGUCGACCUUUGCCAUCAGGAAAAUGAAGAAGAAUUGGACGAUGAGGAGGAUAAUGUCGAGAAUAGGACACAACAGGCCUUGUUGGAAGGUAUCAUGAGGGAACAGCAUGGUUCAUGUCGCAUGAAAAGCCACCGGAGAUGCUGUUCAAUCCAAGGCAUUCACAUUGGUAGCCGACAAAAAUAUGUCAUAAUGAUUAUGGUUCUAACCUUUGUUGUGAUGAUGGCGUUUGCCAUACUGAUCUGCGUUGGAAAUGACAAAAAUCCAAUCGAUCCAUCAAUUGUUGCUCGGGUAUAUGAAACAUUUCUCGCAAUAAUGAUACUUAUAUUGGCUGGAGCAUUAGGCUGCUACGGUCUCCUUCUAUUCUUCAAAUUACGGAAAGUACGAUCGGAGAAUGCUUCAUCAGAAAUGUGGAAGGUUAUCAGUUUAGCUAUUAUUUCUAUUAUAUGUUUUUCAUCGAGUGCAUUAGUAGCUCUCAACACAGAUAUACCUCUUUUCUAUCAUUGGCAUUUAAAGUUCAUAUAUGGAGUUAAAGCUUUUGUUUACUUGAUUCUUUAUUAUGUUAUCGGUUCUUCUUUGCCAUCAGCUUAUUUGUUAUGGAUAAUUAGAGAAUUGCCGCCUCCGAUCACAGAUAGUAUACAAGAAGAACCGAGAGGAACAUAUACUUUCAUCAGCCAUGCCGACGAGACAUCUGACUCGAAUCAUCCUAGGUCUUGGACUACAGCUACAAGUUCAAACAGUCAGAUUUCAAGAGCAAGUCCAAUAUGAGCGAACUUUGUGACCGACUGAGCUCAUUAUGCUCCGGCUGAUGAACAAAUAGUCUAACGGCGAGUACAUAUGAAUUGUGAUUUCUGACAAGUGCCAAUGCAUUUGAUGAAUUGGUAUAUAUAUAAUGUAUAUAUAUAGUUGCAAUUUGUGCUAAUAUAUAUAUCUUGGUAAAUGCCUGUAACAUGAUGCUAUACAUGGCUACUUACAUUGUACAUAUAUGCAUUUAAUCAAAGGUAAAUGCUUGUAAAUUAAUAGUGAUAAGCUGUGCAGCACACUCAAUCAUGAGAUCUGCAGUUGGUUAGUAAAAUGAUACUUUCUUCAAAAAUAAUAUAUUAUUUUAUUUGAUUUCUUAAAAGAAAAA